AAUAGGAUUGCACAAUAUUAUGAGAGAUUAGGAAAUCUACCGGUGGCUUCUUUAUCCGAACCAGGAGAUGUGAAAGCUUUAGUUUCAGGAAAACCUCCUUUGAAAGGUGUGCCAUUCGAUGAGAUAUCCGACGACUUUGAAAAAAUAAUCCUACCUGGGAUUACACAUUGGCAGCAUCCAUCAUUUUUUGCGCUAUAUCCAGCAAACUCCACUUUCGAAUCUAUCAUUGCAGACAUGUACUCUGCAGCCGUGAAUAACCCUGGAUUCAACUGGUCUUGCUCUCCAGUCACAACCGACCUCGAGGUGGUAAUGAUGGAUUGGGUUGCCGAGCUCUUGGGGCUUGGUGAAAUCUACAAGUCAGCUUCCAAAAAAGGAGGGGGGACAAUAGUGGGUACCGCUUCAGAAGCUUGCUUGACUGUAGCCAUAGCAGCCAGAGAAAGGACCUUGAGAUACGAGUCUUCCAGGAUGUUUCCAAAAAUGAAAGAAUUACGUCUCUCAGACUUGAGCGACAUCGAAGUUCCACCUGUAGCUGGAAGAGUGCAUCUAACAGCCAGGGAACGCUCUGAGUUUACCGGAAAAUUGGUGAUGUAUGGAACCAGUGAGACUCAUAGUAUGGGAGAAAAGUCAGCUCUCGUACUUGGUCUUCGAUGGAGACCUUUGCCAGUCAAGAGUCAGGAUGGAUGGAGUUUGAGAGGGGAUACCUUACGUCAAGCUCUGGAGGAUGACGUUGCCAAUGGAUUAAUUCCAUGCAUGCUAGUUGCAACUCUAGGUACCACAAACGCAGGCGCGAUGGACACACUUGAUGAAAUAGUAGAAGUUGCAAAAGAUUAUCCAACUUUAUGGAUUCAUGUGGACGCAGCUUGGGCAGGAGUAUAUCUAAGCUUACCUGAAUAUAGAUCAAACCUAUACCUCGAUACGAUCAAUCAAGACCAUCACAUACUCAAAACACCUCCAGGUGUUGUGAAUAGUUUUUGUACAAACUUUCAUAAAUCUGGUUUAGUUUCUUUUGAUUGUAGUACUUUCUUUAUCAGAGAUAGAAGCUCCUUAACCGAGGCUCUUGAACUCACUCCUCAUUAUUUGAAAUCAAAGGAAGGAGAUUCAAAUGUCAAUCUGGAUUUCCGAAAUUGGGGAAUUCCUUUAGGACGUCGAUUUAGAUCUUUAAAACUUUACUUCGUUUUAAGAUCCUUUGGUGUAGAAGGAUUUCAAAAUGAAUUAAGACGUACUAUAGAUUUAACAAACUAUUUUGGAAAGUUAAUAAAACAAGAUGAUUGGUUUGAAACUGUUCAAGAGAAUUCAUUAGCGCUUGCAAUCUUUAGAAUGAAACCACCUCAAGGAUACCUAGAAACCAAUCAAUCUAAUCAUUCAAAUCAAAAGACUUCUCAAGCUAAUCAAAUCAUUGAUGCUCUUAAUCAAAGACUUGGUUUAUUGGUACAAGCUACCAACAAGAUCAGUCUUACUUCAACCAUCUUAGAUGACAAAUUUUGUUUUCGUUUGGCUAUCGGUAGAAUGUCAGAAAAGUUUCACAUUGAUGAAGCUUUUAAAUUGUUUCAAGAUUGUUUAGAGACUUUAAAAUUAGAAUUAAAACUUGAUGAACUUCUUUCUAAGAUUGAAAUCAAUGAAGGUCUUGAUCAUGAACUUGAUCCAAUGGGAAUUUCAGAGAAGUGA